CUCGUUCGGCGUCGUUGGAAGGAUGCGAAGGACGAAGCUAGACGAGUUGAUUCGGGAGACUCGGAGGGCAUCGAUCGAUCAACACGAGCGCAUCUGGCUGGGACUGAACAUAGAAGAUACCGUCGAAUCGUCGAGGAAGUGAACAUCAACGACAACGACACCAGCGCCAGCACCAGCAGAGCCCUCACAACCUUUUACAACGCAAGAACACUGCACACUCCGACUACAAGUCACAAUGAAGCAAUUCACCCUCAUCACCGCAGCUCUCGCAGCUCUGCUGCCAUCUGCAUUUGCCGACUUCGACAUUUACUACUCUACGUUCGCCGAAGGCAUCUCUCAGACCUCCGACACAGGCUUCAGCAUUUUCGACGGCGAACCCGACUGCAACGACGUCUUCAACAACCGAAUGUGGGGUUCGUUCGGUGAUGUCAGCGGCUCCAAAGUUGGUUUCCGUUGCUCGGGAAGUGGUUGUACCCCAAGCCGCGAUACCAACCCAGACAACAUUGAUGUGCUGGAGAUGAAUUUUGGCGAUGGCGGUCAUUACACCAUGUACAAGGACCGCGACUAUGCUCUUGUUGAUCUGGAUGAUAACCAGGUCGGCACUUGUGAGCCUUUCCCAGGAGAUGAUUAUCUUUGUGCGCAAGCUGUGGCACUUGGCAACCCGAACUACACUGGAGAUCGCAAGAUCAAGUGCCGCACCGAUUUCACGGCACAGGAUAUCCUUGAUGCUUAAGGGCUUGCUUCAUCGGGAGCUCGCCGAAGUCGUGGGAAGUGAGGGAAUGAAAGAAACAUGAUGAGAUCGGUAUCGGGAGCAGGAUGCGGAUCGAUAAUUAGCACUUCAUAUCGCAUGACAAUUCAUCUCUGCCUCCAUAUCCGCC